CUCAAGGUCAUCCCAUUGUUGAUGUAGGUAAAUUGAAAUACCUUCGUUCUAAAGUGAUGUCUGGUAGUUCUAAUAAAAUUAUUUUAAUUCAAUAGAAUAGUGAAUGGAGAAAUAGAGAAAAAAUCUUCUCCCUUCUUCAUUAAACUUUCCUUAUUUCAUAUUGUUAAUCAAAUCUGUCAUGUUCAUUAUUAUUAUUCUUAUAUGGUUAUUGAUUUUUGAUCAUAUUCAUGGGUUACCUGAACAUAAAUUAAAAAUACCUAAUAGUGAAAUUGUACCAAAUCCAUGUGAACCAGAAAAAUUUGUUCAAUCUAUUGGUCAUUUAGAUUAUAAUGGUGGUGGACCAUUGAAUUCAUUUGGUUCAGAUUUUGAAAGUAAACGGUCAUGGGAUCUACUCUGCCCAUUGGAUAGUGAUGGUGACGGAUUUACUAAUGGUCAAGAAUUAGGUGAUCCUGAAUGUCAAUGGAAAAUUGGUGAUUUGCCUAAAAGAACAAUGAAUAUUACUCAUCCCGGUGUAUGUACUCCAAUUGAUUCAGAGAUUUGUAAAAGAAAGCAUAUAUGUAAAAGCAAUAUUAAAAUACAAUGUGGUUUCAAUUCAUUUUCCACUGGUUUAUUGAUUUUUGGCACACUAAUUAUUGUCCUGUUGACAUUAAUCAAAUUUAUCAGUAAUACAGAAUUAAAAUAUCGUUAUGAACAUGGUCAGUGGCCUGCAACAUGUUGUCCUGCAUUACCUUAUGAUAAACCAGGAUUUUCUUGGGAUAAAUAAAUUGUUAUUAUUAUUAAUUUGUGUGGAAGAGGACAGAAAAUGUCCAUUUGUUUUGAUCAAAAGAGAAGUGCACUGUAUCUGCAUGCAUGCAUAUGUGUUUGAGUGUGUGUGUGUGUUUAUCUAGGCUAUAUUACCACUUACUUACUUACUUACUUACUCACUUACUUACGCCUUGCUACCCCCCAAUGGAGUAUAGACUGCCCACUGGCGUUUUUGUUUUUACCUAUGGGGUCGCUAACCCAUUUCUUCCUUUAUCCGGCGAGCUUGGGACCGACAGUAACCUUCAGAAAGGUUCUAGGCAAAGUUUUAUAUAGUUUUAACAUACAUUGGUUUAUUUUACAUCAAACACUGUGAUAUAUUUUCUAAUUAGGUCUUUUUUUUUUCAAAAAAAACGCGUAUUAUUUUUGCUAAAUACAUGUGUUUGUACACCAUUUUCUCUAUUUGGAUAUAAAAAUUAAUAUA